AUGACGCAGCUCGAACUCGAUAUCGUCGGCGACAGCGCUGCCAAAGCACGUUUGGAAGUCUCGGGUUACUUCGGGGACCCUUCGGAACAAUCUGUGGCGUUCCGUUGUUUCCUCAAGGACAUGAAAUUCACGUACGAUGGUAAGAGAAGAGUGUGGGAUGGGGAGUGCACGGUGUUGCGCGCUCGUCGUCUCUUGGCCGGGGCGAAACAGGAAGGAUUCUACUUCCUCACCGCGAAUUGGGACAUGGCCUCGGCAAAGCUUCACAGCCUCUUUGGGGAGAGACUCCACGAAGUCUUUGAAGAGGAGGCGGACGAUCAGUGGCCGAGUUAUGAUCACUCAUGCGAUCAUGUCCUCUCAUGCGAUGAUGACCCUGCCGCAGCAAACGCCAUUGCUGGAGGAGACAGUGAUAACUGGACGUCCAGGUACAGGCGCGUCUAUUUUGUCCCAAUUGUCAGGAACAAAAUGGCGACCGAUGUUGCGGGUCGUCGCAGCGAGAAGACGUACGUGAGCCUCGAGGCUAUCGGGCGGGGCGCCUUCAACGUGAAGGAUGGCCUGAAAGCUUGCAAAUUCAGGUGGGACGGGGAGGUGUGGCACUAUGACAGGGAUACGGAUGCCAGAGCUCGGAAAUCCUUCAGGCAAACCGCCCGGGACGUGCGAGCACAGUUCGCGCUUCAUCACCGCGACGGCAUCCCUGUUCGUCUCACACCCGCGUCAGAUGAGGCAGACGAGAUGUACGAACGCAUGCGUAAGACGCCCGUGGAAGAGGCUGAGGUUAAGGAGGAAGUAAUAGAGUUUGGGGUCAAGGAAGAGGAGGUCGAGGAGACCCCCGUCGGAACAUCGCUCAAGAAGAAAAAGGAGAAGCGCGAUCCCCGCGCGCCCACCAAGUUCAACGAGUUCAUGAGGACGAAGGUCGCUCAGGUGAAGAGUGAUAACCCCACCAUGAGCCCCAAGGAUAUCUUCGCGAUGUGCGCGGCGAUGUGGGCGUCGGCGCCUGAGAACCCCAAGAAUCGGAACAUGGCGCCACCACCAAAUCGGAAGAGGGCGGCACCAGCCGCGUCGCAUGCGGGAACUAUGAUGAGCGAAGCACGCAGCCGACCUCGCGUCAGGAGGGAGCCGGACGCCGAAGCCACGAGCGUGAAGAGGGAGCAAUCGCCAGAGCCAUCGGAAGCCACCGCCCAGUUCGCUGCGGGAGCUCCCAACACACCCGGACUGGCCACGCGCACGCGCCGAAGAUCAUCCAUCGCAUGA